UUAUCAAAAACCCGCGAAACCAAAAUAACGCGCGAAAAGUUCUUCACUGCCACCUCCUUAAUUUCUCCCUCUACUUAAAAAUCACCAGACUCUAAACCCUAAAUUACCCAAAUCUUAAUUUCAUUUCUUAAACGCCCUCUUCACCAGAAUCCAAAUCUAAACCCACACCAACAAUAAUGGCUCUCAGAAGCAGAAGAACUAAAGCUCCAAAAUCACGACAAUGGCUUUCCGAUGACGACGACGACGACGUUUUCUGUCAGGAAUGCGGCUCCGGCCAAUCACCGGCGAAGCUGCUUCUUUGUGAUAAAUGUGAUAAAGGGUACCAUUUAUUUUGUUUAAAACCCAUUUUAGUUUCUGUUCCUAAAGGCUCUUGGUUUUGCCCUUCCUGCUCCAAUCAGAAACAACCCAAGUCUUUUCCUCUAGUUCAAACCAAAAUCAUUGAUUUCUUUAGAAUACAACGGUCGAAUGAUUGGAUUCAAAAGCUGAAUCAAGAGAGCUUAAAGAAGCGAAAGCGGUCGAGUAGCUUACUGAUAUCGAAAAAGAGAAGGAAAUUAUUGGCAUUCAAUCCUAGUGAUGAUCCUGAAAGAAGAUUUGAGCAAAUGAGAUCAUUAGCCACUGCAUUGACUGCGUCUGGAACUAAAUUUAGCAAUGAACUUACUUACCGGCCAGACAUGGCUCCUAAGUUUGCAAACUGUCCGGCUCUCGAAAAAGAGGGAAUGCAGGUACUGCCGAAGGAAGAUAUUGAAACCUUGAAUUUAUGUAAGGGAAUGAUGGAUAGAGGAGAAUGCCCGCCACUUGUGGUUGUAUUUGAUCCUCAUGAAGGGUUUACAGUGGAGGCAGAUAGACCCUUAAGAGAUUUGACGAUUAUAACGGAGUAUGUUGGUGAUGUUGAUUACUUGAAGAAUCGCGAAAAUGACGACGGAGAUAGCAUGAUGACAUUGCUUUGUGCUGCUGAUCCUUCGAAAAGCCUUGUUAUAUGCCCAGAUAAACGGGGGAAUAUAGCUCGUUUUAUCAAUGGAAUUAACAAUCAUUCAGUAGAUGGGAGAAAGAAGCAGAACCUUAAAUGUGUGAGAUUUAAUGUUAACGGAGAGUGCCGAGUCUUACUGAUUGCAAAUCGAGAGAUUAAGAAGGGAGAGCGACUCUAUUAUGACUAUAACGGGUAUGAACAUGAAUACCCAACGGAGCAUUUUGUUUAACUUAUCUUUUCUUUCAUUUAGAACCACAGAUCAAUGAAGCUUCUCUGCAACUAACUGCCAAAUUGGCAUUUGUGUACACAAAGAAAUUACUGAAGAAAUAUAUUUUGUUGUUCUUACUGAUUAAUCCAGUUUAAGAGAGCUUGCACCAUUGUAAGCCAACCUGGAGUUAGUAAUCCAGUCGAGUAUUGUCAAGCUCAAGCUUGACUCGGCUUUAACAUUCGGAAUUUGAAACUUGAUUUGAAGUCGAUAAAUAUAAUUAAGAAUUGCUUUUGACUA